AUGUUUGGCGCCGCAUCCAACCCUACAUCGUCGCUGUUCCAGUUUGGUUCGACUGCUCCUGCUGCAUCGUCUGGGUUUGGCGCUUCAAACGCCAAUUCUGGUGGGUUGUUCGGCAACCAGGCAAAGAAACCUACAACUGGCCUAUUUGGAUCCACUACAGCCGCCCCGGCCUCCUCGUCGUUGGCUGUUCCCAAUCAAUCAAAUUCUACCUUUGGAAAUACAUCUUCAGGAGGUUUGUUUGGUCAAAAGCCUGCUGCUUCUACGGGUUUUGGUGGUGCGCAGACAUCUACUUCAACACCUUCCACGCCGUUUGGAGCAAAGCCUGCAACCGCUGGGGGCCUCUUUGGCGCAUCUAACACCACUUCCGGAGGGCUCUUUGGAUCUUCCAAUACCGCCUCUGCUGCCCCUUCUGGUGGUUUGUUUGGGGGUGGUAGUUCAACUCAACAACAAAACACACAACAGGGUGGUUUACUCGGGUCCACCAACACCAACAAUGCAGCACCUACGAGUGGUCUAUUUGGCCUGAAUGCCACAGCUCCAUCUACUGCUGGUCUGGGUGGUCUUUUUGGCAACAACAAUGCUGCUAAACCUGGAGGUCUCUUUGGAAACAACAAUGCCACCAAAGCUGGAGGUCUUUUUGGCCUGCUGACCACACAGAACACUAAUAAUAGUACAGGUGGCUUGUUUGGCGGAUCUAGCUCUGGUGGACUCUUCGGCGGCCAGCAACAACAGCAACAGCAACAGCAGCAAGUCCAACAGCAGCAACAACCACAGCUUACAGCCAUGACUCGUGUUGGUGAUCUCCCGCCAGAUGUCAAGAAGGAAUUGCAAGAUUUCGACAAGUAUAUCAGUACCCAGCAUCUCAUUGCAACCACCCUUAACGAAGAUCUUGUCAAGCACGACACCCUCAUAAAGUCCAUCCCCAAUGAUGUGAACUACUUGCAUACCAAAAUUCUGUCGAUCAAACUGGCGUUGAAGUUCGACACCGACCAGCUCAACUCUCUUAAAACCGUCAACAACGAGCUUACAGAAGACAUCGCAAACGUCAUGCAAUUGAUUAUCCAGCUUUCUACUCCGGGCACAAGACUCUCUUCUAGUUACCACUUGAAUGAGUUCUUCAUAAAAAGAAUCAAGAAGUACAGAGAGUUGUUGGCCAUCUACGAGGGCGUCAUCACCGAGGGAAAUGAAGCGAUUACUCGUUUGGAGCAAUCAUGCAACGAGGCGUGUGGAAACAUUGGUGAUGUGGUGCAAGUUGUGAGAAACCAGUAUGCCAUCUUCAUGGAACUCUGUGAAUCACUCGCGGAAAUCCACGGGGAAGUUACGCAUCUCACAAGAUAA